AUGUUAUAUCCAGCAACAGUUCUCAAAAACGCUGUUACUGAAUAUCAGUCUCAGGACUCAUACCAAGUGCUUCGCUUCUUGUUGAAAAGAGACGAUCAAGCUAUGUUAUACAAACGUGAUGAUGGACCCGUACAGUGCUCAGGUGAUAGCAACGAAUAUGAAGAUUAUGGUCAUAUGGGUGUCCGGAUUGGUGCAAUCUUUGUUAUUUUGGUCACAUCUUUGAUGGGUGUUUGGUUGCCUCUCACUUUGUCUCAUUUCAUGCGUAACCGACCAAAUGCUGUCAUCACAUAUUUUUACUUGUUUUGUCGUUAUUUCGGCUCUGGUGUCAUUUUGGCGACUGCUUUCAUUCACCUAUUAGCUCCUGCAUGCAAGAAACUUUACGAUCCUUGUUUAAGUGACUUAUUUGGCAGUUACGACUGGGCUCCUGUCGUACUUUCACGUUUUGUUGAAUGGAAGUACGGCAUGUCACAUUGUCACAGUCCCAAUCUAACCACUCAUAGCCAUAACCAUGAAGAAGAAGGCACAUACGGUAUUCAUUCCCAUGAACACUGCCAUGAUGACGUCGAAAACCGUCCUGGCAGUCCUAAAGAUUUCGAAGAUAUCAAGCUAAAGUCCCUUUCCAACACUGAAAAUAGUGAUUUGGUUUCCAUUGAAGGAUCUAGGAAAUCCUUACUUUAUCAGCAAAUUGGCGCUUUUCUCGUCUUGGAAUCCGGUAUUAUUUUACAUAGCGUAAUUAUUGGUUUGACUACAGCUAUCUCUGGUGGAGAAUUUAGAACUCUAUUCCCUGUUGUAGUCUUCCACCAGGCUUUUGAGGGCACCGGUUUAGGUGCUCGUCUUUCGGGUAUGGCUUGGGGUAAAGGAUUUAAUGCCCUACCAUGGAUUCUAGGAGGGACUUAUGCUAUAUUUACUCCUGUUGGUAUGGCUGCAGGUUUAGGCGCUCGCGAACACUGGAAUCCUCUUAGUCAUGGUACUUACGCUGCUCAAGGUGUCCUGGACGCUAUUUCUUCCGGUAUUCUAAUUUAUGCUGGCUUAGUUGAACUAUUGGCCCAAGAUUUUCUCUUCGAUCCUAAUAGAGAGCGCAACUGGAUCAAACUUAGCUUUCUUCUUCUAUGUGCGAUGGCCGGUACUGCUCUUAUGGCCCUGCUUGGAAAAUGGGCCUAG